AGUCGCGCCCAGGAGAGCAAAGGGCCGUUGCUUGGCCUACGAACGGGGCUCUGUCGAGCGCCUUGCGACCUGCUUCAAUGUUGUCACUUGGCUUUCUGACAUCAUCCUCAGGCGUUGAAGCUCCAGAGGCAUGACGGAUUCGGAAGCCUCUGUUCUGUCUUCGGCCCCAGCGUCGGCUGCUCGCGUAUACACUGCAUCAGAUGGCCCAGACCAACUGGAGCUCGCCAACCUCAGCUUCCUCAGGCUCGAUGACGAUGACGUCGACUGGAUUGUCGAUGUGUGCCAUCUCGACGACCGAGCUGCAUGGGUCCGUCGCUUCGACCUCGGUGGUAACCGCUUGACGGCAACUGGCAUCGAGUUACUCGUCCAGAUCCUGCCAAGGUCCCCGUUGGAAUAUCUGUCCCUUGACAGCAAUCCUCUCGGCGAUGAUGGGCUGGAACUGCUGGCAUCAACCCUCCCAUGCUGCCCUACACUGCAGGAACUCAGCCUCAACAACACCGGACUUUCAGACAUCUGUGCGCUCAGUAUCAGCCACGCUGUGCGUCAGAGUUGCAUCCGGCGCCUGCAUCUGGCCAACAACGAGCUUGGCAACAAAGGCUGUGUCAUAGUAUCUCGGGAGCUGGUCGGCCAUCCGCUCUGUCCGUUGCUGCUUCUGUCACUCAACGGCAACUACAUCAAGACGGACGGGUUGCUGGCUCUGGGAAACGCCUUGCGCAUCAACAAUGCCUGUGCGAGCGGCCCUGGGCUGGGAAGGGAUCCACCGCAACCAAUACGCCAAACGAGCCAUCCAAGUCGUCUCUGCGGAACCUGGCUUCGAGAGAUUUGGCUUGGAGACAACAGCCUCAGCGACAUCUCGAUCGAGGAAUUCUGCCGAGCUUGUUGCCAGCCAGCAACAGACCGAUCGGCGGCCCCGCAAUCCCUCACCCCGCAAUCCUUCGUCCCGCAAUCCCUCGCCCCAGCGACAACAUCGUCGGCAGCCUGGUCCGCCUUGGUGACUGCCGCACUGCUGCAGCCCCCUGGUCGACUGAUAGCAGGAACGCCCAGUCAACGACCCAUCGCCUCCCUCAAGCUGUUCUACAGUCACACAAUCACCGAUGGCGCCGUUGCCCACCUCUGCCAGUUCAUGUAUAUCUAUGGGCUCGCAGAGCUCGAUCUGACGGGCAAUCUUGUCGGCGACGACGGUGUCGAGCUGCUCUGCGAAUACCUGGAGUCCAACUCCUUUGUCCGCCUCGCUCGACUUCACCUCGGCAGCAACUACAUUACCUCGGUUGGAGGCGUGCGGUUGGCCCAACUGCUGCGAAAUAACAGUGUUCCGGCGCUGUGUGAUCUGGACUUGUCCGGCAAUCAUCUUGGCGAGGAAGCCCUGGUCGCCCUGGCCCACAGUCUCGAAGAUCCUCGUCUCGUCGACAAUCUCGAGGCUGGAGCGCCGCCCCAGAAACCCGCAUCCGGCGACUUUCACCGAGGAGCCCGAGGCAACUCAACCCUGGAUGCACAAUGCCCACUCCGCGGAGCCCCCCGGAUCCAGGCUGCUCCCGGCCCCUCUCGCCUCGAGCGCUUGAAUCUGGCCGAUAACGCCGAUCCCACCGAGCUGGUGCUGUCUGCCUUUGCGAGAUGUCUGAGAAGUAACCGGAAUCUGCUCCAGAUCCACUUCGAGGCCUUGGCUCUAUUUUCGGUCCCAAGCAGCUCUAUCGACCGCCUCUUUACCGAAAUCCGCGACCGCAUCGAGCAGAAUGUUGGCAUCAAGACCCUGGUACAACAGUCGUCGGUGCGGGUCCUGCGGCAAGCCAGAGCCCUGAUGCUGCGAUGCCGCUGGAUUCUUCCUUUUGAGUUGCUUGAGCGGAUAUGCUGGACAGCCCACAGGUCGUCGCUCCUGGCCAACGAACAGCUCAGACGAAUCACAAACUUUGCCACGAGUGCCUCCAGCCUGGACCCAGAAAUCGAUCGCACAGCGUUCUUGUCACAGGUCGACUGCCUGCGCUUUCACGGAUGACAUGCACAACAUGGAUGGAAUCGAUAUCGAAAUCGAGAUGAAUAUAGGCGCAUGUGGUAGCUUAUGCAAGCCGAUGUUUGGUGACCAACGACCAGUAUAAGCGACCAAGGAUGAGCGACGUUCACACCACU